AUGGCUUUCUCGUUGACAUCAAAGCAUUACACCCUUCGCGGGUGCAUUCUAUCCGCGAUGGUCCAAAAGAUCGACACAUCCUGGACACACGCGAAAAUCGACCUGAACAAGCACCUCGGCAACAACGACGGCGCCUUCGACAUCGACGGCGUCGGCUGGUACGACAGCGCUGAGCCUGGCUCAUGCCGGCUCAAAGGCACAUCCCUAUGCGCCGAGCUUCGGAUGAGGGAUGGCGAGUAUGCGCCUGAAGUUAGGAUUAAUCUGGACCUCUUCGUCACAAAUCACGACGGAAGCCUUCGGUUUCGAAAACCGAGCUGGUCCAUCCUCGUCUCUUCAGCAUGCCUAGUGCUAGAAAACGCCACCCUACGCGGCAUAGUCCUCGGCCGAGACGGCCAGUACUACCCGUCGGAGAUUAAUCUCGACGAGCACUACGGCAACAGGGGGGGCGCUUUCGAGGUAGGAGGCGGCAGCUUCUCGCUCUCGGGGAAAGACUUCCGGCUCCAGCAGGACCCAGAGGCCGUGAAACUCGUCGCGGAGCUCAUGGACUACGGUGGCGUGUACCGCUAUGCGGAGAUUGAUCUCAGCAAGUCCAUCAUAAACCAAAAUGGGCAGCUCGCUUUUAUAAAAUAUGACGGCUGGUUCAAUAAGGACCACUGGGCAUCCGUCAUCACCGACGAAAUCCCCGUCAUAGGAAAGGCCAUAGCUAGUUUGUACCAUGCCGGAAGCCACGAGGCGAACGCUGUGAAAGAGCUACUCUGCCAGAAGAACUCACCGCUAGCCGCAACCGGCCUCGUCCUCGGCUCUCUCAUCGGCCGCGCCCUCGGCAGCCCAGCCAUCGGCGCAAUUCUAAGCUCCACCCUCUCGUCUCCCGCCAUGCUCGCGCAGGGGCGGAUCCUGAACAUGAUGGCGGCUCGGGACAUGGGGACUUGCGGCGAGGACAAGGAAGCCGUGCUCGGGAUGGCCGUCUUCGACACCCUGCGCGAGCUGUUCGCUUCCGGCGCCGGUGCGUACGCCGCCGCCCGUUUCGACGCCGUGAACGAGGCGGAGCUGAACAGUGACCGGUCGGACCACCGGUUAUACGGGGUCGAUUUCUGGAUGCGCAGUCUGCGCGACGCGCUCCUGCAGUUGCGCCCUGUGAACGCCUUUCUGGAGGAUUUCUCCAUGUUCACCAUGAUGAAGCGCGUCCUCACCCUUCUCCAAAACCAACCGGUCGAGCAAUGGCACAUGCCCCUGCAUAACUUCGCCUCCGCCAUCGAGGCCACCAAGAUGCUCGGAUCCAGCUACCAGGCCGAGGUGCAGCCGCCGGAGACCCUUGUGCCCGGGCAGACCUACACGAUCAUGUUACACGGCACGCGGCUCGCCGUCACCUGCGUCGAGGGAACCUCGCACGUGCGACUCCGCCAGUUCGGCGGGUGGGCGACGCAGCGGUUCCAGUGCGUGAUGCUCAGGGAGCGGCACAUGGGGUUUCUGUUCAACCCCUCUGAUUCCUCUCAUCCUUCUACUCAAACCGAUGAUGACCCUUUCACCGCCAAUGAAAACGGGUCGUCCGGCGCAGGCGCAAAGGGCCGCUACCUCGGCUACGACUCCACAGGCACCCUAACGUGCAAAGCGACGCGUCAGCGUGGGUGGGAGCACGUCGGCGCCGUCGCGGACGACUCGCAGCGGCUGCCGGGCCAGGAGCAGGCGUACAUGCUGUGGAUGGCGCGGGGCACCGACAGCCUUGCGCCGGUGUCGCGGGUUUCCGGUGACAAGCUCAGGGUUAUGCCGGCGAGCUUUACGUAUUUUAGUUUCCUGAACGUGGAGUCGGCGGAAUAUAGUAAUGUACUUAAUUGCCUUGAAAGGGUAAGUGAUCUGUAUUAG